GAAAGAGCGGCUCCCCGGCCGGCCCGCUCGGCCCGCUUUGCGGUCCGGCUUCCCGGGCUGCCGUCUCUCUACCGAAAAGCCUCGUGCCCGCCCCCCACCCCGGGGAAACGGGUAGGAGGGAGGCGAGGGUGGUGGUCAAGGAGUCGCCGGGCAGCAGGGAGUGGGGAGGGGGCUCAGGUGAGAACUGGACGUCUGGGGAGCCGGGAGCCCUAGUGAAAGAAGGGGACUGGGAGCUGGGGUGUCUGUGUUUACGGGGGUCCCCUCUUAGCGUUGGCCUGGCAGCAGCCUCCCCCUCCCCCACAACAAGCCAGCUCUACAGGGAACAGGAAAGGGAUAAAGCCACCCUGGCUGGGAGCUGGGCUCGACCCACAGAGGUAUGCUCUCUCUUUCCUGUUUAUGGAAAACGGACAGACCCUGAGCAUACAGAUUUCCACAAGAAAAUGCCAAGAAUUUGCAUUUAAUCUCAGUGUGCGAAGAUACAUAAGUACAGGAAACAGGAGUGGUUCGCGUCUGGAUUUGCUUGCUUCUCUUUUCCCAGCUGGCCCCCAGGCCUGAGCCUUUGCCCUCCUGGCUGUGGGGAUCCUGCUUUCCGGAGGCACAGGACAUCCCUUUCACUUCAGAGGCCCGAAUGCCUUGUCUACCCCUUCCCCCCAUCCCCCUCCUAGUUACCUAUUAGCCCUGCUGGGGGAGGAGGGACUGGGCUCCAGCCCUAAGGAUUGUAAAACAUUAUUCCUCCUGGAGAUCUGUUGUGGCUUCUGGAGUGCAUUUUUGGCAUUUUUGGACACUUGGUGUCCUUGCCCGUGGCUCGUUUUUCAGAACUGCUGCAUGGCCUGGAGGAGUUGUAAAUGGUUCCUCUGUUGUGUCUUGUCCUUGGCACCCUGUUUUCAUCUAAUUGCAAAGGACAAAUAGAGAGGGGUCUGUUUUGACCUUUCAACCAGGUGUUUCUUGGGGUGGCUCAUACUGUAUGCAAACCAGAAAAACAGAGUGUUAGGAUAUGAUGGGCGAAUUGUGCUCCUGCAGGGCUGGGCCGCUGGGACUGGGCUCUUCCUAAGUGAGGAAUGUCGCCAGGACACCCACUCCCUGUGCCCGACUGUGGGAAAGCUCCGGCUCCCACCUUGUGCGUGAUGAGCCUGGGAGCACCCUGCUGCCAUCUCCUCUCAAAAGGGCCUUGAGGUUUGUUCCACCAACUGUGGCCAUUCGAAAAGGUCCAGAGCUCCCAGGACAGCCAUUCUGUGCUUCUGUGACAGGGAGCCUUGCCAGGAAGAGCUGGAACGGGUGGUCCCUUUAGGUCCGAUUGCUCCUUCUCUGCAAAUCCCAAGGGACUGUAAUCUUGAAGCUUCUCUCCCUCAAGACAGGUGGCAAGUUUUGUAACAGCCCUUAUAAUCAGUGUAUCCAUCAGUGCGCCAAGCACUGAGUACCUGAUCCGCAGUGGAAAACACCCUGCCCGCAGGAGUCAGUGGUUUUUUUUAGAGACAAUAAAUCAAAGGGAAAAGUUAAAUGAAACCACUCGGGACUAAUAAUGGCACAAUAGCAAUACCAGGGCGUGAAUGAUCAACAAACGGUUGUCUCAUGGGUUAUUGUACACUCACACUGUUGGAGGCAUCUUAGAUAAGGUGCCUGGGUGGGGAGGGGCUGGGAAGGAGAGAAAGACAUAGUCUGGAAGCCAUAGGACAUUAGCAGGGUGCAGUGGACGGGUAUGUGUGAGAGCUGGAAAUCACCCAUUGUUAGAAGCACAGAGCUGGAGGGGCCUUUAGAGCAUCUGGUCCAAACCCCUGAUUUUAUGAAAACAGGGUCCAGAGAGGUUAAGAAAUUUGCCCAAGCUCACACAGGCAGGCGGGCAUAUAGGCCUGUUCCUGAUCCAGAGCGGGGUGGCCGUUUGAGGAGACCGUCUGUGCUGGUUUGGUGAACUAGGGAAGUUGGUCACGAUGCUGUGAUGCAGUUGGCUUCUACCUCCACCCCCCAUUCACUGUUUCCUGCUGCCGAGAAGUCAGCCUGGGCUGGGGGGUAGGGACGGGGAGUAGUGAAGGGAGGAGGGAAAUGGUCUGGGUGAGGCCGGGCCUGUGGCUGCCCCUGAGGACAAUGGUCAGAGCUUCCUAGCUGCCGAUAUGGGCGGCCCAGUUAACAGGCCGGGGGUCCUACCCACCCCCACUCCCUAUUUCUGACUGGAGUUUAACUGUAGAGCUGUGAAAAAGCUCCCUUUCUGCCAGGUGAAGAGCCCUAGAAUUUUGCUCCCCCACCCCCAUGCCUGGGGGAGGGGCCUGUGUUGCUAAAAUUAGGAGAAAUUCAAAGAAGGGCUCCCAUGGCUUCCUGGGAAAGGCAGAAGCGGCCUGCCAGGUCGGAAUGGCUUGGUGUAAGCUGUAAGCCUGUCCCCAGCUGUCUCUUCCACGGGCCCCUGGUGAGUGAGGUGCUCUGGUGAGGUUUUUGUGGAUGGCACCUCACCCCCCCCACCACUCCCCACCCCACCGUGCUGCAGGGUUGAGGAGGCCUACAGUCACUGGUGUCUACAGAGAGUCCUGUUCCCAGCCCCUGCCCUUUCUGGCUGGGGUCCCUGCUCAGAAGUGGUGGGGGGGGUAGUGGGGACUUUGGAGAGCCCCCCUCCCAGAGUAGUGGCAGAAAUCAGCAGAUGGGAUGUCUGUAGCUUCCCCCAGGAAGAGGGCUGAGAGGGGCUGAAUGACUGAGACACUCUGCCUACCUCUGGCCAAGAGCAGCAUGUGGGGAGACGCUCGGGGACAUAGGAAACCGAAAUACCUGGUGUUUGCUCUGGGGAGCCCAAGCAUGAAGUUGCACUUGACUGUUGGUGCAGAGCAGCCGGGGCUGGGUGGAAGUUAAGAGCUUGGGCCUGUAGACUCCGGAGCCUAGAAAUUCCAGCAGCUUGGACCUUGCAGUGAGUGUAUUUUGGUCAAGUGAUUUGAACUUGGGGCCUCAGUUUUCUCAUCUGUAAUCUAGAGAGAAGGGAAAUGACUUAGCAUCAUUGUGAGAAGUAAGAUAUGGAGGCGAAGGCCCCGAGCCCCACCGAUGAACCCACACACUGAGAAAGUGGCCUCACCACGGUUGGCCACAAAGACAGAGCCUGGGUCUGGCCGUCCCCCCCGACCGGCAGCCUCGGAACGGCUGAGGGUGGAUUAUGGAAGAAGCAGCUGGUUUCUCACCCAGUGUGCGGCGCCAAGCAGGGCGACCUGGGCUGCUCCCUUGUCCUCGCUUCAUGCUGACACCCUGGCUUCUGGUUAGAAUGAACCAUUUACUUCUGAUGCUCUCCGGGGUGUCGUUCCUAAGCAUCGUGAAACACUCUGGUUUUGAUGAAAAUUGUCGGGUUCGUCCUUAUUUUUUUCAUUCUUCCUAGCUCAGGGCAAGGGGGGUGCUUUCGUCCUGUCGACGCUGCCCGUGGUCUGGGGAAGCCUGGGCGAGCCCCACUGGAAGUCCCUGGGACCAGGGGUUGUGGCUCGGAAUCGGGGGUUCAGGAGGACAGCCCUCCCGACACCCCUGUCUUCUCUCAGCAGAUGUGCACCCCCAGCAACACGCCAGCCACGCCGCCCAACUUCCCCGACGCCCUGGCCAUGUUCUCCAAGCUCCGCGCCUCCGAGGGCCUGCAGAGCGCCAACAGCCCCAUGACGGCCGUGGCCUGCUCGCCCCCUGCAAACUUCAGCCCCUUCUGGGCCUCGUCCCCGCCCAGCCACCAGGCCACCUGGAUCCCCCCGUCGUCCCCAACGGCCCACAGCCUCCACCACCUCCACCGCCCACAGCCCGCGUGGCCCCCCGGAGCACAGCAAGGGGGCUCCCAGCAGAAAGCCAUGGCCGCAGCGGACGGCCAGAGAUGAGACUGGAUGCCGCCGGGCGCUGAGCCGGAGCUGGGGGCAGUCCGGGGUCUUGGGGACACAGAAGGGCCAGGGCGGGGGGGUCCGGGGCGGGCAUGGGUUUCCUGAAGAUCGCACUGGAAGAUUUUAUAAAAGAAUUUUUGGGGGCGGGGGUCCAGUAAACUUCCUGAGCCUCUCGGGUUCUUCAGGAGUUUCUCUUCGGGCAGGUUUUCUCUCUUUUUAAUAUAUAACGAUAAUAUAUAUGAAUAUAUAAAUGUAACUAAUGUAUGUGAGAACGGGGCUGGCUGGCUUAGGGUAUUGGGGUCAGAGGGGAGGGGCCCUGGGGUCAGCACCCCUUCCUCCGCCCCGGUCCCACGGUAGGUGCUUCGAAGCCAGGCUGCAGGGUUCUUCUGGAAUGGGAGAGAAGACCACACUGCUCCGUUCCCAGCAGUGGCUGUAGGAGGGGCUCCCGGAGGUGCCUGGUGGCCGAAGACAUGGGAGCCUCUUUGUCAAUACGAGGCAUCCCCGCCCCCAGUUGGUGGCUGGGGUCAAAGGCCCAGGCUCUGCAUGGGGCUUGCCUCUCCUGUGCCCAGGCCCAGAAGAUUGCAGAGUAGAGAGCUUGCCUCUGGAUUUAGUUCCCAAAUCAAUCAUCUCACCAGGGUGAAAUUUUAAUUUAAAAGCUUAAAAAGAGACUUUUCUAACUUC